ACCCCCAGCAUGGCCGCAUCCACCACGUCCAUCUGCUCCAGCGACCUGAGCUAUGGCAGCUGCAUCUGCCUUCCUGGUUCCUGUGACUCUUGCUCCGACUCCUGGCAGGUGAAUGACUGCCCAGAGAGCUGCUGUGAGCCCCCCUGCUGCGCCCCCAGCUGCUGCGCCCCGGCCCCCUGCCUGACCCUGGUCUGCACCCCAGGGAGCUGUGUGUCCAGCCCCUGCUGCCAGGCGGCCUGUGAGCCCAGCCCCUGCCAAUCAGGCUGCACCAGCUCCUGCACACCCUCAUGCUGCCAGCAGUCUAGCUGCCAGCCGGCUUGCUGCACCUCCUCCCCCUGCCAGCAGGCCUGCUGCGUGCCUGUCUGCUGCAAGACUGUCUGCUGCAAGCCUGUGUGCUGUGUGCCCGUCUGCUGUGGGGCUUCUUCAUGCUGCCAGCAGUCUAGCUGCCAGCCAGCUUGCUGCACCUCCUCCCCGUGUCAACAGUCCUGCCGUGUGCCCGUCUGCCGCAAGCCCAUCUGCUGUGUGCCUGUCUGCUCUGGGGCUUCCUCUCUGUGCUGCCAGCAGUCUAGCUGCCAGCCAACUUGCUGCACCACCUCCUGCUGCAGACCCUUGUCCUCCGUGUCCCUCCUCUGCCGCCCCGUGUGCAGGCCUGCCUGCCGCGUGCCCGUCCCCUCCUGCUGUGCCCCCACCUCCUCCUGCCAGCCAAGCUUCGGCUGCCUGGCCUCCUGUGGGUCCUUCCUCUGCCGCCCCACAUGUUCCCCCAUGGCCUGCUGAGGCCUCUGCUCAGGCCAGAAGUCCAGCUGCUGCCAGGCACGUCCCCCAGGGCCACUGGGCACUAUGAGUCCCCCACCUCUCCCACUGCUGGCCC